GGGACAACCAGAUAAUGUUUUGGAUCAACAGUUUGAAAAUCAGAUCCGCCCUUGUAUUGAUCUCAUUGACUCGCUGCGGGCGCUGGGGGUGGAGAAGGUCUUGGCUUUACCAGCAAUUGCUGUUGUUGGUGAUCAGAGUUCUGGUAAAAGUUCUGUAUUGGAGGCUCUGUCCGGAGUGCGUCUCCCCAGAGGGAGCGGUAUUGUCACACGUUGUCCUCUGGAGCUCAAGUUAAAGAAGUCCCCAAAGGCUUCAAUGUGGAGUGGAAAAAUAAGCUAUCGAUUUCAAAACAUAACCCUUUCAAGUCCGGCUCAGGUGGAGAAUGAAGUUAGGAAGGCUCAGAACUGCAUGGCUGGGACAGGGAAUGGUGUUAGUGAUCAGCUGAUCACCCUGGAAAUCAUG